ACGGUGAGCAUAGCUUCCGUGAGUAAAAAUGCGCUAUUGUAGCGUUCCACAGUGCAAUACCUAUGCAAACGAACUCGGAGUAAGCUUCCACAGAUACCCUCGUUCAAAAAAGAUGCGGAAGAUCUGGUUGAUAAAGCUCAAAAUGGGUAAAACGCCAGAAAACUUCACCCACUACGCAGUGUGCUCGAAACACUUCUGCGAGAGCGAUUUUAAGGCAGUGCCAAAUGGCUCAAAGCGCCGCUUCCUGAAAGACAGCGCCAUGCCGUCCGUCAACCUUCCCCAACGCAAGUUCGACAGAGCCUCUCGUUCAUUUGUGAGGAAGCCAAGGAACGCCGACCAUCAGCAGUUGGUGGGGACAGGCAGCAUGGAUCCUGACGCCGCCGCAGAUCCGCUGGCAUUAAGCGAUGCAGGCUUGAUGACAGACAGCAUGUCUGAUCAGUGGCGUAGCCACGGGGGGGUCUGGCUACGCCACUGUGUCUGA